AUGGCCUCAACUUCUCCACCGUCUCCACCCGGUCGGCUCGGUCUUGGCAAGAAGUUCGAAGCAGCCACAAGGCAGGAGUGCGCUAUAAGGGAGCAGGCCCUGCGCAAUACCAAACAACAAGAGAUCUCGAGAGAGCUACAUGUCAUCCAAAGGGGAGUAAACCAACGCUUUCCUGAGGGAGAGGAGGUGGCGGCUACAGAAGUUGGCCACGCCGGAGGCGCGUUGCCUCUCCAAGCUCACUAUCAGUGCCGGGGCUGCGUAGCAUGUCGAACUCAUGGCAUCUCGACUGCCCCGAAAGCUGCCUCCACUCCGAUCAUACGCCCGUCUAGCACAGCUCAUCCGGCAAAUGACCACACACAAGAGUCUUCGUCAGCCACCACUCCAAACGAUUCAAAAUCGCCGCCACUCAGACAAGGCGCGGCACCAAAAGCAGCAACGGGCGACCGACCCAGCACCUCCGUCGAAACGCCCACAACUCCGCCCAGCCACGACACCGAUUCCAUCGCCCCCCGACCCGACGACACCCCCAGCCCGCCCAGCGGCGACCCCGCCAUCGCAGCCUUCCGAUCCCAGCUCGCCGCCCAGCACGCAAUCUGUGGCGACCUGCAACGCUCCAUCUCCGCCAAAGACAACGAGAUCGAAGCCCUCAAAGCCGAAGUCCGCAGCAUCAAAGCAACUCUCGCCGACGCAGACGCCGGCGCCAUCGCCGAGUGGCAAGCCAAGUAUGAAAACGUGAAGCGUCUCCUACACGACACGCAGGAAGAAGUGGAGAGCUUGGAAGCGCGGCUCAAGGAGGCGAAGGACAGGGAGAGGGCGCUGCAGGCGCGACUGGAUGAGGCGAAGGACGAGGCGCAGCGCAGAGAGCGGGCGUUGAGGAACAGGGCCGAGGAGGCGGAGGAUGGGAUGAGGCGGCUGCGGGGCGAGUGUGAGGGGCUGAGAGGGCGUGUUGAGGGGGGCUGUGGCCCGCCGCAGCCUCUCGUCGGCGACUACUGGGUUCCGCAGCAGCGGGAUUCCCAGCAGCUGCAGCAGGCGGAUGGGCGGCGCGACAGUGGCGUGUCUACGGAGGUGCCAUUGCUAGAUUCCUCAUCGUUGGAGCGCUCGGCGGAGGCAAAGCGUACGUCGAGUCAGUAUUCCUUUACGGCUCGGACGGAUUCGAGUGGGAAUAAGAGGCUCCAAACGGAGAGAAAGAGGAAGGUCAAUCCAACUCGGCUCGGAAAAUCGAUUCUGGGGUAA